AUGAGCUGCUCGCCGCCGCCGGAGCCUGAUCACCACCACCGCCUCCUCGCCACCCUCGCGCGCCACGGCCGCCUCGCCGCGGCCGCCACGCUCUUCUCCACCGCGGUCCGUACGACGCGCGCGCUCAACACCAUCCUCGCCGCCCUCUGCUCCACACCGUCGCUCCUCCGCGUCGCCCCCUCCGUGCUCCUCCUCGCCGCCCCCACCGCCGCCCCGGACGCCGCCACCUUCCGCGUGCUCGCCUCCGCGCUCUGCCGCGCCCGCCGCCCCUCCGCCGCCGCCGACCUCCUGCGCUGCAUGCCCCCGCUCCUCCUCGACCCGGACUCGCCGCUGUGCCGCGCCGUGCUCUCCUCCCUCUGCCGGUGCGCGCCGGCCCGGGACGCGGCGGCGUUCCUGGACGACAUGCGCCGGUGGGGCGUGUCCCCCAGCGGCCUCGACCACCGCGCCGUCCUCCGCGCGCUCCUGCGGGACGGGAUGGUCGCGGAGGCGUACGGGGUCGUCAGGGAGAAGAUGGGCUCCGACGGCGUGGCCCCGGGUGUGGCCGACUUCGAGCUGGUGCUGCGCGCAUUCAGCGAGAGCGGGCAGUUCGACGCCGUCGACGAGGCGUUCGACGAAAUGCUCCUGCGCGGGCUCGUGCCGGGCGUCGCGGUGUACAACGUGUACGUCGCCGCGCUGUGCAGGAAAGGGGACCUGCCCGGCGCCCGCCUGAUGGUGGGCUGCAUGGAGCGCGCCGGGUGCCCGCCGGACGUCAGGACGUUCGGCGUCGUGGUCGCCGGGUGCGUGUCCGCCGGGGACGCGGCCGCGGCCAGGGACGUGGCGUCGGAGGCGGUGCGGCGCGGCCUGCGGUGGGACGCGCCGGCGUUCGCGGAGAUGGUCGGCCUGCUCCGUGCGGACGGACACGUCGCGGCCGCGCACGGGCUGCUGCUGGAGGUGUUCCUGCAUGGCGGGUGCAAUGGAGUGGACGCCUCGGCGUUCGGGCAGCUGAUAUGUGCCAGCGACGACUGCUCGCCGAGCUUCUAG